CAAAACUUAUUAGUCUUGUGUUUUAAAUGUGGAUGGAUAGAACUUGUGGUUUGCUGUUUUGAUUUAUCGAUUUUUAUAAAUUAAUUAAUUGAUUUUUUCAAAAAAAAAAAAAUUAUCAUCAUGGACAAGAAUAAUAAUGAAAUAUCACCCGAAGAUUCGGAUUCAAAUUUCGAUGAUAAAGAUUUGGUUAAAAAACCACCAAUACCAUAUCCGAAAUCGGUUAUUUUUAUCAUUGGAAAUGAAUUCUGUGAACGAUUCUCCUUUUAUGGAAUGAGAACGAUUCUCAUCUUAUAUCUAAUGAAUCGAUUAAGUUAUGGAGAGAAUUCAGCAACAAUGGCAUUCCAUGUGUUUGCAAUGGCAUGUUAUUUUACUCCAUUAGCUGGUGCUGUAUUGGCCGAUUCAUUUUUAGGAAAAUAUUGGACCAUAUUGAUUAUAUCAUGUUUAUAUGUAGCCGGUAGUAUUGUUAUUGCCCUUUCUUCGAUCAGUGGUUCGACUCUAUUUUCAAUGCUUGGAUUGGCAUUGAUUGCAAUCGGUACCGGUGGUAUUAAACCAUGUGUUGCUGCAUUUGGUGGCGAUCAAUUUAUUCGUGGUCAAGAGCAACAAUUACAACGAUUUUUUUCAUUCUUUUAUAUCGCUAUCAAUAGUGGUAGUUUAAUUUCAACAUUUUUAACACCAAUUCUACGUGAAGAUGUUGGCUGUUUAGGUCGUUCAGAUUGUUAUCCAUUAGCAUUCGGUAUACCUGCUAUACUUAUGAUUGUUUCAUUGGCAUUUUUUGUAAUCGGACGUUUUUGGUAUGGUUAUCGUGUUGUACCGCCACAAAAACAAAAUGUUAUUCUUACCGUCGGUAAAUGUGUUUAUCAUGCAUUGACGGGAAAAUUUUCAUCAAUGGCACCGAAACGCGAACAUUGGCUUGAUCAUGCCGAUCUUUAUCAUAAUCAUCAAACAAUACUUGAAGUAAAAACAUUAAUGCGUAUUCUAUUUCUUUAUAUUUCAUUACCAAUUUUUUGGGCAUUAUUUGAUCAACAAUCCUCAAGAUGGACAUUACAAGCAAUACGAUUAAAUGGUGAUUUUGGUUUCUAUACAAUCAAACCGGAUCAAAUCCAGGUUAUCAAUCCAAUAUUGAUUGUUGCAUUUAUACCUUUUUUUGAAAAUGUUAUCUAUCCAAUAUUUAAUCGUAUCGGUUUGAAUAAACCAUUACGUCGUAUGGUUAUUGGUGGUAUAUUUGCCAGUCUUUCAUUUGCCGCUUGUGGUAUUUUACAAACACAAAUUGAAAAAGAAUUACCACCAACAAUGGCUAAAGGUACAAAUCAUUUGAUGUUGAUAACAGAAAAUUCUAAAAUAAUGAACAUGUCAAUUUUUGAUGAAUUUAAUUCAAACAUUGAAUUUGAACAAAAUCCAUUGAAAAUAUAUGCCAGUAUUCCAAGAGUAAAACUAAAUGAUAAAUUUAUUGUUCCCUAUGAUAAAAAUAUUACGUUAAAAAAUGAUAAAACAUUGGUAAUAUAUUUGGAAAAAAACAAUCAAUCACCAUUGAUAUUUGUGAUGGAUAAUGUUCUAAGUAAACCAAUUGGUAGUGGUGCGCAAAUGUUUACAAUAUUUAAUUUGAAAAAUUUUCACAAUGAAACAUUUUCAUCCACCGAUACAAAUGAUGAUGUCAUUAUUGAUUCGAUAAUUCAAAAUUUCACUAUCAAUACGAUUGGUAAACUAAAAACAUUCGAAAUAGAAGUGAAAGGAAAAUCAUCAUCGAUGAGUGUAGGUGAAGCACGAAGCAAUUAUAAACUUGGUCAAGGUACAGCAUAUGUUCAAUUGAUCACCGGUGAUAUGGAACAUGCAGAUAAAAUAAAUUUUCAACUAAUUCAAUUGAUCGAAUCAAAUAAAAUAUCUGUAUUAUGGCAAAUAAUUCAAUAUGUAUUGAUUACGGCUGCUGAAAUUAUGUUCUCUGUAACUGGAUUAGAAUUUUCCUAUUCACAAGCACCGAAAUCAAUGAAAUCUGUUAUACAAGCUGCUUGGCUAUUAAAUGUUACUAUCGGUAAUCUAUUGGUAGCAAUUAUUGCUGAUGUUCAAUUAUUUCCAAAACAAUCGAUGGAAUUUUUCUUUUUUGCCAUACUUAUGUUGGUUGAUAUUAUUAUAUUUGCCGUACAGGCUUAUUUCUAUGUACCAUAUCAAGGUAAAAAUACCACACAACAUUAUGAUUCUGAACCAUUUGAUGAUAAUGCAAAUGGACAUCGUUCAAGAGUAUGGUCAAUGGUUUCAGCUGAAGGUGAAUUACCUAAAUUGAAUCCGGUUAUUUUGGAUGAAAAUGAAUAUGAUCAUAAUGCUACAUGGACCAGUGGUAGUAGAAUGUAGAAUUUAAAAUUUUAUAUUUUUCAAUAACAAAAAUUUGUAUUAUACAACAAAAUACUUUUUAUUUCCUUUUGGCUUUUAAAUAAAUAUCAUAA